CUCAAAGUGUGACAAGUGAUAGCGAUUACAGGUAACGGCGGCACUUCUUUACGGGCAAUCCGCGCCUAUCGAAACGGCAAGUAGAUAGGUUCAAUACGCGCUGCGCCGCUCAGCAAGGCGUAGUAGAUAAGGGAAGCUGCGGGAUUCAUUAAACAAAUCCUCCCAUCCGGCUUUUGUGCGCUUUGUGAACGCCUGGAAGGAUGCCAUCGAAAAAGAAAAAGUACAAUGCCCGCUUUCCGGCGGGACGCAUCAAGAAGAUUAUGCAAACAGACGAGGAAGUAGGAAAGGUGGCACAGGCUGUUCCAGUCAUAAUCUCUCGAACACUGGAACUGUUCGUCGAAUCGCUACUCACGAAAACGCUGAAAAUCACCAACGCGCGCAACGCCAAAACUCUGUCACCGUCGCACAUGAAGCAGUGCAUCACGUCCGAGAGUCGGUUCGACUUUCUACGAGAUUUAGUGAAAAAUAUCCCGGACAUUGGCACCAAUGAGGAACUCUCUGGUUCGGAGGCCGGAUACGGCAACGAGGGUACCUCACCGGCAUCGACGUCAACAUCCUCAUCGAACGGUGGCGGCCUGGGAGGAACGUUACCGUACGAGGUGCCGGCACAGGUUGCCGGCUCAUUUCAACGGUCGGAAUCAUACUCACCGGGAACGACAACAGGUUCCACGUUUGCGCAGCAUACAAACACUACGAUGAAACGGGGCUUUCCGGGCCAGGGUGGUAGUUUAAACUUUUACAAAGAAAUACCACUGGAAGAAAGUACCGACAGUCCGCCGCCCCCGAAGCUUAGCCGGCUCAAUUCGGCACCCGCCAGUUCGACCGUACCCGCGAUACCGUUCAAAAUAGACAUACUUCCCAGCAUAGCUUCACCGACCGUCUCCGCGGUGGAUCCUGUCAUCAAGCUGGACUACUCCAACCUGAAGCUACCGACGGUGGCGACGGGCUCAGUUACCGCGGCAACCACAAACCCCACCAAAGCGGCUGCUCAGCCUACGGUUAAAAUCGAUCUCAGCCGGCUGGUGACGGUAACGGCUCCCGCAAAGCACGUGCCUUCUACGAUCGUGACACGAACGACGGAGAGACAGCAGCACCACCCUACAAAUUUAAGCGCCGUUUGCGUUUCCCCGGGAAGUGCCGUCGGUUCGUCCACCACGAGCAGCUUUAGUACCUCAGCACAAUCCACACCCACGACGCCGGUCCUUCCAAGCCCGAGCCCGACGACGGCACCACCAAUCUUUUCCGCGCUCUCGUCCACGAUCCCCGGCAUGGACGAGGAUUAUGACGACAUCUAAAGUGUCACCGGACGUUCAUCAUUACAAGGUUAUGUUGGUUCAUUUGCGCAUUUAUUUCUGGGUGUGUGAGAGAUUCUUUUUCAUUGCAUUAUCCCAACAACUAUUUCGUUUUUUUUAUCAUAAAUUUCCUAAUGCAGAUAACACAGAAAACAUCUCUCGACACACAAAGAAAAACAUGGCCACCGAGUUCCAAACCACACACACAAUUUCGGUGGCCGCGUCCGAGAGUAAUGGUUACGAGUUCUGUAAAUAGUUUUACGUUGUCAGCAACUGACAAACGGUUCUUCGCCCAGAUGGCUACAAACUGUAUCCCCAGUUGUGCCUAUUAGCAUGCGUAAAUCUUUAAACGGACGCGCGUGACCGCGGAGCCGUUCUGAGAGCUACACCGGCUAACUUGGAUUGUGAAAAACUUUCUGCGACGAGUACCAUGUGCGUUUUUCAACAAUGCUUUUUGUGAUUGUAUG